AUGACUCAUGCACGGGGUGAAGCGUUUGGCGCCGCACCUCGACCAAACCAAGUAACCCACGUUAGUUUCCCUUUACCGAGUCUCCUUGCACAACGGCUUCUGGAAAAGCGCCGUGGGUGCUCUCACAGUUUUUCACCAUUUCUCAUUCGUUAAUCCCUAUCCCUUCUAUCCCAAACCCAAAGUUUCCUUAUAUAUUUAUAUAAUCGUCCUCACUUGAAUGUCGGCACCGCAGCGAUUUCUAAGCACUCUCUCCAACUCUCUCCCUCCUUCUACCUCUCUCUCUGCCUUCAAAUCUAGAACUUUCCUUUUCCUUCCCUUCAACCACUGUUACACAACCCUACUUCACUCUCUCUCAUCAAUGCCUCGCAAUCAGCAAAAUGGCGGCGACGGAGAGCGAAGAUGGAAAGCGAAAGCGAAAACCGAGGGGCAGUUAUCAGCUGUGGUUGAUGCGGCUACAACUGCUGCUGAAACUGUUACUAAUAAACUUUCUGGAAUGCAUAUUGGUCAAAACAGCGCGAAAAUCGGGGUUCAUGGUUCAGCGGCGAUUUGGAAACCUAAAUCUUAUGGAACUGCGAGUGGAGGGACUGUAACUGAAGUUGAAAACGUACCGGUCGGAGAAGGAGUUGGUGCAAAUGUCGCUUCAACUCAAAACGCUAGUGGUAUUGGUACUGGUUUGAGUAAGAUAUUUCGCGGUAAUAAGAUAGAGAAUUUCACUGUAGAUAACUCCACGUACUCACGUGCACAAAUCAGAGCAACUUUCUACCCCAAAUUCGAAAAUGAAAAGUCCGAUCAAGAGAUCCGGACUAGGAUGAUUGAGCUGGUAGCAAAAGGUUUGGCUACCUUAGAGGUUUCACUUAAACACUCUGGCUCUCUUUUUAUGUAUGCGGGUCAUGAGGGUGGAGCUUAUGCAAAAAACAGUUUUGGAAAUAUAUACACUGCUGUUGGUGUAUUUGUUCUUGGACGGAUGUUUCGUGAGGCUUGGGGAGCUGAAGCUUCAAAAAAACAGUCUGAAUUUAAUAAUUUUCUUGAGGCAAACCAUAUGUGCAUAUCUAUGGAACUAGUAACUGCUGUUCUUGGAGACCACGGACAGCGUCCCCAAGAAGAUUAUGUGGUAGUAACGGCAGUUACUGAACUGGGCAAUGGAAAACCAAAGUUCUAUUCAACUCCUGAGAUAAUUGCUUUCUGCAGAAGAUGGCGCCUUCCAACAAAUCAUGUGUGGUUGUUUUCAACAAGAAAAUCAGCUACUUCUUUCUUUGCUGCCUAUGAUGCCUUAUGUGAGGAGGGUACUGCAACAUCUGUAUCCAAGGCUCUUGAUGAAAUUGCAGACAUUUCUGUACCAGGUUCAAAAGACCAUGUAAAAGCCCAAGGUGAAAUUUUAGAGGGUCUUGUGGCUCGUCUUGUGAGUCUUGAGAGUUCAAACCAUAUCGAGAAAAUUUUGAAAGAAUUUCCUCCUCCACUUGCUAAUGGAGUGGCCCUUGAUUUUGGACCAAGUUUAAGGGAAAUUUGUGGAGCAAAUAGAGAUAAUGAAAAGCAGCAAAUAAAAGCACUUCUAGAGAGUGUUGGUGGUUCUUUUUGUCCUGACUACUCAGAUUGGUUUGGGACUGGUGCUGCUGAUUUUCAUUCAAGAAAUGCAGACAGAUCUGUCCUUUCAAAGUUCUUACAAGCCCAUCCUGCAGACUAUUCAACUAAAAAGUUGCAGGAAAUUGUUCGGUUGAUAAGGGAAAAACGCUACCCUGCUGCAUUCAAAUGUUAUCAUAACUUCCACAAGGUUGAAGCCAUGUCGAGUGACAAUCUUUUCUAUAAAAUGGUCAUUCAUGUACACAGUGAUUCAACUUUCCGGCGAUACCAAAGAGAUAUGAGGCAUAAACCAGGAUUAUGGCCACUAUAUCGAGGAUUUUUUGUUGAUAUCAAUUUAUUCCAUGCAAACAAGGAGAAAGCCACUGAAAUUUCUAAAAACAGUAUUAAUGAAAGUAGUAAUACUGGCUCUGAGGAAGAUGACUUUGCUGAUGAAGAUGCAAAUUUAAUGGUCAAAUUGAAAUUUCUUACAUACAAGUUGCGAACCUUUCUCAUUCGAAAUGGCUUGUCAAUUCUGUUCAAAGAAGGCCCAGGUGCUUACAAGGCGUAUUACCUCAGACAAAUGAAAAUUUGGGGAACUUCUUCAGCAAAGCAGAGAGAACUUAGUAAGAUGCUUGAUGAAUGGGCUGUGUAUAUCAGAAGGAAGUGUGGAAAUAAGCAACUGUCUUCAUCAACAUAUCUUAGUGAAGCUGAGCCUUUUCUUGAACAAUUUGCAAGACGUAGUCCACAGAACCAAAUUCUGGUAGGUUCGGCAGGUAAUUUAGUUAGGACAGAAGAUUUCCUGGCCAUUGUUGAGGGAGGCCAGGAUGAAGAAGGUGAUCUUGUGGCAGAGCGUGAGGUUGCACCCCCACAGACUAAUAUCCCUGUCAAGGACACAGUUUCAAAAUAUGAAGGGUUGAUUGUUUUCUUUCCUGGAAUACCUGGUUGUGCUAAGUCUGCCCUUUGCAAAGAAUUGCUAAAUGCCCAAGGAGGACUUGGAGAUGAUCGGCCAGUUCAUAGUCUCAUGGGUGAUCUGAUUAAAGGAAAGUAUUGGCAGAAAGUGGCUGAAGAUCGCAGAAAGAAACCAAAUUCUAUAAUGCUUGCUGACAAGAAUGCUCCAAAUGAAGAAGUUUGGAAACUGAUAGAAGAUAUGUGUCACAAAACUAGGGCAUCUGCUGUCCCAGUUGUGCCUGAAUCUGAAGGAACUGAUUCAAAUCCAUUUUCUCUUGAGGCAUUAGCUGUUUUCAUGUUUCGUGUGCUUCAGCGUGUCAACCAUCCGGGAAAUCUUGACAAAGCAUCUCCAAAUGCUGGCUAUGUGUUGCUAAUGUUUUAUCACCUUUAUGAUGGCAGGAGCCGUAAGGAGUUUGAGGGUGAAUUAAUUGAGCGUUUUGGAUCACUUGUCAAGAUGCCACUAUUGAAAUCUGAUAGAAAUCCCCUUCCUGAGGCAGUGCAGUCCAUUUUGGAGGAAGGAAUUGAUCUAUAUAAACUUCACACUAAAAGACAUGGAAGAUUAGAGUCUACAAAAGGAUCCUACGCAAAGGAGUGGAUAAAAUGGGAGAAACAAUUACGGGAUACUCUUUGUGGAAAUGCUGAGUAUUUUAAUUCAAUUCAGGUUCCAUUUGAGUUUGCUGUCAAGCAAGUGUCGGAACAGUUGAGAAACAUUGCUAAGGGAGAUUACACACCACCAGAUACUGAAAAGAGGAAACUUGGUACCAUUGUUUAUGCUGCUCUUAGUAUGCCAGUUACGGAAAUUCAAGGUGUUCUUAAUAAACUGGCUCAGAAUAAUCCCAAGAUUGACACAUUCCUUAAAGACAAACAUUUAGAGAAUCUUAAUCGAGCUCAUUUGACUCUUGCGCACAAGAGAAGUCAUGGCAUCAAAGCAGUAGCUGAUUAUGGUAUCUUUCUGCAUAAAAAGGUGCCAGUGGAGCUGACAGCACUGCUCUUCUCAGAUAAAAUGGCUGCAUUUGAAGCUUGUCCUGGAUCAGUGGAAGGUGAGAAGAUAGUUUCAAAAAAUGCGUGGCCUCAUAUUACCAUAUGGACUAGUGAAGGGGUUGCAGCCAAGGAGGCCAAUGUGUUACCACAGUUGUUUGCAGAGGGUAAAGCAGAUCGUAUAGACUUCAAUCCUCCCAUCAAUAUAUCUGGCACAGUUGACUUCUAUUGAGUUCCUUGCUACACAUCUUUCUAAAAUAAAACCUACUGAAAUGAAGAAGAUAGUGUGCCUUUUGCGUUUUACUUUUUGGUUUUACAAGGUCAUAACGAUCUUUGUUCAUGCUGAGUGGUCUUACAAGUUACAUCCAAUAUUUAUUAGAGAAGAUGAUGGAGAAAGUUUUUGUUGGAGCGAGUAUUUUCUCCUGAGGAAUUGUGUAUAUAUAGGCUGUUUAGAAAGUUGAGGAUGAUUUCUGGAGUCUCAUUACCAAACUUUCACCAUGAGAUCUUCGCCUUUGUCGAUAGUAUUUAAUGUUUUUUAUGCAUUUAGGUUUUUAUUAUGCGUUAUUGAGUACACAUUAAAAAUAUAUUAAUUAAAAAAAGUUAUAAU